AAUAUUUGGGUAGAAAGAAAGUUAACUUUGGAUAUUCAAUUCGUGUCGCUCCCUACCGACGCGUCAAACCACGCGGGGGACACCUUAGUUCAGCGUCCGCCCACGCGCGCGCUGCAGUCGCGGCUCCGUGCCCGCGCUCUAGCGGCGAUCGGCGCGCACCGGCCGCACGCGGUCGUCAGUGCGGCCGGGGCCGCGGUGCAGGUGAGGCGGCGCGAUCCGAAAACACCCGCCAGUCGAGCGACCGAGCGAACGAAGCGAGAGGUAGACGUGCGCGGAGCUGCGGAGCGAGUCCGUGCCGGCGUUGGCGCGAUGGUGGCGCGCGCCACCGGGGUUGGCGCGGGGGCGGCGGCACGCGCCGCUCCCGAGGCGCUGUUGGCGCGCCACGACGCCGAGCUGCGCCUGCUCGACACCGUGCGCCGGUGCGUGGCCGCCAAACUCAAGUGCGACCGCGAUUACGCGUUGGCGCUGGCCGCCGUGGCCGCCCAGGGGCAGAAGGGCGACCGCCAGGAGGAGCUGCAGGGCAGCCUCGUCGCGCAGGCGUGGCGCAGCCUGAUGGCGGAGCUGGAGGGCGCCGGGCGGCUGCUACGCGCGGGCGCCGACGCCCUGGAGGCGCGCGCGCUGGAGCGCCUGCACUCGCUGCAAGCGGAGAAGCGCCGCACGCGCAAGCAGCUGCAGGAGGAGCACGGCCGCCUCGCCUCGCGCCUCGCCCACCUCACAGAGGAUGUGACGCGGAAAAAGGCUGAGUACCAGAAGUACCUGGAAUUGUAUCGCCUCAUGCGAUCACGGUUUGAAGAGCACUUCGUCAAAUCGGGGCGCAGCGGGCGCAAGCUGGACGAGACGCGCGACAAGCUGCAGAAGGCGUGCCGCAAGCUGCACCUCACGCACAACGAGUACGUGCUGCUGCUGAGCGAGGCGGCCGAGUUCGAGCGCGAGUACCGCGCGGUGCUUCUGCCGGCGCUGCUGCAGCGCCAGCAGGCGGCGCACGAGGCCUUCGUCACCAGCUGGACGGAGGUGCUGCGCGAUGUGGCCCACAACAUCAGCUUCGCGGACGAGGCGCUGGCGGAGGUGCAGCGGCGCGCGGACGCCGCCGUCGCCGCCAUCAAGCCUUCGGAGGAGUACGCCGCCUUCUCCGACAAGAACGCCAGCCCGGUGGCGGCGCCCAGCGCGUUCAUAUUCGACGACAGCCUGGCCGAGGACUCGUCGGGCCGCCUGCUGCCCGGCCGCCUGGCCGUGGACAACCUCACGGUGGAGUCGCUGCGCAACAAGAUGGCGGAGCUGGAGGCGGCGCUCAAGGAGGCGCAGCCCGUGGCGCCCGCCACCGCCGACGGCCUCGAGCCGCCCACGGCCAACGGCCGCGCCUCCGACCCCGCG